AUGAAGACGCUAAGACAUCCGCCGCUCGUGAAGCAGCAAAGACUCAAAGUGAUCUUGAAACCCUCAAAGCUUGCCCAAUCGGCUUCCAAAAAAAGCGAGGCAAUUGUUUUAUUGAGUAGAAUUGGAAUUGCGGAUGUAGAUCCAAUCUCAAGAUUACGACUUGGCGAGGGGUCGGAUGUCCAAAAGCUACUUCAUUACUGUAAGCUUUUCAGCUUCGCUUCCCUCAUGAAAAGGCUCUUUAUGCCUAUUGGAGUAAAUGAUAACAAGAGAAGACUGCUGGAUAACGGCAUCACGUAUGGAUCGAGAGACUGCAGGAACAAAUUUUCUUCGAGUCGGAUAGCUAUUUUCAAAAGGAUUCGAUAUCCACCAUAUAGUCCAACUUCAUGCCCAACAGAACCAGGUAUCGCCAGAAAACAUAAUACGGAGGGUCUGCGCGUGGGAAAUAAGAGACUUAAUGAUCCCGUACAAGCUCUUUCCGACAGAAGUACUGGAUCUGUUGCAAGCUUCACAAGUCAUGGGGUGGUCCGAGUAGAUUACUUUCUGGACUCCCUUAAGACUUUGUUAGCGCUAAUUACUGCUAUUACUUCAUCUUUCGGCCUUGACUUGUGUAGAGACGAUAUACAAGUCAGCAGACCAAUGUACACCAGGUACUCUCGAUAUGAUGAACACCUGACAGAAACGAACACAAACACACUGAGAUACUCGACAACCAAAUACGAAAUUACCAAAAUGUAUUCUCGAAACGCUCUUUGUACAGACUUCAUAAGAAUGGUCGAUAGUCUCGAUAAAGCCACUGAAACGAUCAAAGAAGCAGCUCCUAAAAUAGAAUCCGCAAAACAAUGGUCCAAUUUCAGCUCCGGCAUCCGCUCAUCUUUCACAGGAAUGAACUGGCUUUCGCCUGACAAUUCGAGUCCACGACCCCUAGACCCUCUCGGCACCAGCAUCCACAACGUUCCACAACAACAAGGACAAUUUCCUCGUGCCUGCAAACACGCAUUACUAGACACGACUCGAGUUAUUCUUCGUGGAGAACGCUUUCCAGUCGAACGUCAUUGCAGAGCGUGUCAUAUAGCGAAUGCGAUGAUAGAGAUAGUGAAAAGCACGUUAGCUACUUAUUUAGGGACCGAUCACAGGGAGCUGGAAGCUAGUCUCAGUUCAUCCACUAUGAUUUUUUGUAAAGCCGAUAUACACGAGAAGAUACAUUUAAGCAGCAGCGCGGAAUGGCGCGAAGUAUCUUUUUGA